AUGCCUAACCUAUUAUCAAGAAAUCCUUUUCAUGGUCAUCAUAAUGACCAUCACCAUGACCGCGAAAACUCGUCCAAUAAUCCACCGCCGUUGAUCAGGAGCUCUAAAUCUUUCUUAAAUUUCAUUGGUAGGAAACAAAGUAAUGACUCGCUAAGGAGCGAGAAAUCUACAGAUUCCAUGAAAUCUACGACAACUACUACUAAUUAUACUACGACAAAUCUCAAUAACAGCAGUCAUAGCCAUUCCUAUGGAACUAGUACCUCUACAAACAACAACAACAACAAUAACUGUGAAACAAGUCACCAUCAUAACAUCUCUCACGGGCUCCACGACUAUACUUCUCCGGCAUCGCCAAAGCAAACCCACUCUAUGGCAGAAUUGAAAAGGUUCUUUAGACCCUCUGUAAAUAAAAAACUAUCCAUGUCUCAACUUCGUUCGAAGAAACAUAGCACUCAUUCUCCCCCACCUUCAAAGUCAACUUCCACAGUCAACUUGAAUAACCACUAUCGUGCUCAGCAUCCCCAUGGCUUUACAGACCACUACGCCCAUACUCAAUCUGCUAUACCGCCAAGUACGGAUUCCAUUUUGUCUUUGUCUAAUAAUAUCAAUAUAUAUCAUGAUGAUUGUAUUCUGGCUCAGAAAUACGGGAAGUUGGGUAAAUUAUUGGGUUCUGGUGCAGGUGGGUCCGUUAAAGUUCUUGUGAGACCCACUGAUGGUGCCACCUUUGCCGUUAAAGAGUUUAGACCGAGAAAACCAAGUGAAAGUGUGAAAGAGUAUGCCAAGAAGUGUACUGCAGAGUUUUGUAUCGGUUCGACUCUACAUCAUCCAAACGUUAUCGAGACUGUUGACGUUUUUUCUGAUUCCAAACAAAACAAAUACUAUGAAGUUAUGGAAUACUGUCCGAUUGACUUUUUUGCCGUUGUCAUGACCGGUAAAAUGUCCCGUGGCGAGAUUAAUUGUUGCUUGAAACAAUUGACCGAAGGUGUCAAAUAUUUACAUUCUAUGGGGUUAGCACACAGAGAUUUGAAAUUAGACAAUUGUGUCAUGACCUCUCAAGGGAUUUUGAAACUAAUUGACUUUGGUAGCGCUGUUGUGUUUAGAUAUCCUUUUGAAGAUGGCGUGACAAUGGCUCACGGAAUCGUAGGUAGUGAUCCUUACUUGGCGCCAGAAGUGAUCACUUCCACUAAAUCUUAUGACCCUCAGUGCGUCGACAUAUGGUCUAUUGGUAUCAUAUACUGUUGCAUGAUGCUUAAAAGGUUUCCAUGGAAGGCUCCUAGAGAUUCAGACGAUAAUUUUAGAUUAUAUUGUAUGCCGGAUGAUAUGGAACAUGAUUACGUGGAAUCUGCCAAGCAUCAUGAAGAGUUACUGAGGGAAAGAAAGGAAAAACGUCAAAGAUUCUUAAAUCAUAACGACUGUUCCGCUAUUAGUCAGCAACUACCAGUUCAUGAAGCGAACAUGAAAGCGGUUCAAAAUGGAAUCACAAAUAAAACUCCUAUACAGGAUAAGGACAACAGGAAACCAGAAAUUAAAGAAAGAAAUACGGAUGAUGAUGAAAACGAUAACAACAGGGAUAAAGAAAGCACAGCAGAUAAUGACAAGGAAAGUACUACGAGUAUUAAGGCAGAUAAGAAUGAAAUUAGCGAUGUAAAAGUUUUCGUAAAUGAUAAAAAGACGGAUGCCCACGUUGAUGCGGAUUGUAGUGAUAAAGUGAAUUGCAGUAAUAAGGUAGAGUGCAAUGAUAAUAGUGAUUGCGCCAUUGGGUCCGAAUGCAAUGCUAAAGUCGAUGCUAACGUUGACACUUCUUCCAAUGCUACUUCCGGUGUAACUUCCCAAAAUAAUGCACAACAACAACAACAACAACAACAACACCGUCAGCAUCAAGACAAACCCCAUAGUAUUGCUUCUGAUAAUAAAUCGAGCCAGCAACAUAGAGGCCCCCAUCAUAAGAAAAUCAUUCACGGUCCAUACCGUUUAUUACGUCUACUGCCCCAUGCUUCAAGACCUAUCAUGUCUCGUAUUCUACAAGUGGAUCCAAAGAAAAGAGCUACUCUUGAUGACAUUUUUAAUGACGAAUGGUUCUCUUCCAUUGCUGCCUGUACCAUGGAUUCCAAAAAUAAAGUUAUCAGAGCGCCUGGCCAUCACCAUACGUUAGUUAGGGAGGAGAACGCUCACUUAGAGACCUACAAGGUUUGA